UUUAGUAACAUACAAUGAGUGACUUCACUAUUUGUCCCAACACGGUACUGAAGCGCCGACUAGUAGUCCAUGCUGGUACUGCAGCCUAGAGCGGGAAGAAGACAACAACCUUAAAGACAUGUGACUGUCAGAUAAUAUAUGGGCGACAGCAAGGUGUCAGAAUCCCAAGAUAUUGGCUCACCUCAUAUCUCGUCCUAAUAAAAUAAGGUUUUGCCUUUCGCUGACCUGUAAUAUUAUGGCCAAUCAGCUGCAGUACACCCGCAAGGAGGCGUUAUUAAAUGAACAACAUCAUGGAGCCAGCAUCGACCGAAACGUUUUCUCCACAGAUCCACGUGCAAGGUUUCGUUGACGAAGCCAUUAAGACUUUAGAUGUCAGUGACUUGUACAGCAAAAGAGAAACUCUGAGGUCCGUCGCUUAUGCAGAGGCCAUGAAUGUGCCCAUAGAAACUGUAGACGAGCUGAAGUCGGUUUGCAGCAUGCAGACACUGAAGUGCCCCUCAGAGGACAUCCACAAAGAUGCAGCAGAGGUGCCGACAGGGACAGAGUUGGUCACUUUGGGGUUAAGAAAGAGAUACCUGGACUCCAAACCCAACAUCAACAAAAACUGCAAGUUCACUGUGUUGUCCUGGAACCAGGAACAUGUGUAUCAGGACGUGAAGCCGCCCCCUGAGAGGGAGGUGAAACCCCAGUGUGCCGUCCUGCAGGUCGCUGUGUUCCAUCCCAGCAAGAGGAACAGGAGGAAGAGCAAAGGGAAAAGAAUGAGGCUUGCUCAGGAAUACAGAGUUCUAGGAUAUCAGAAACUCACCGAUCUGCGAGAUGCCAUCACAUGUAUAGCAGACCACACCAUUGCUGGGGAAUUCAGUGAGCGCCCCUGCAAUGUUCCAGACAUCAGGGCUAAGGAUAUCUACAAGUCAGCCUACUUCUUCAUAGAGAAUGUGUUCUACAAUGACUUCAGAUAUGAAGACAACAGGGACCUUAGUAGAAAUGUUCGUGAAUGGGAACAGAACAAACAUGAAGGGAAGGGGUCGUACACAACCCAGCAUAUGGAGGAUGUGAAGUUCAACGACCUCCACAUCAGACUGGGGUACCCGUACCUGUACUGCCACCAGGGGGACUGUGAACAUCUCAUCAUAUUUAAGGACCUCAGGAUGUUCCAUGCAGAUGACUGUCGAGAUGAGGGCCUGUACCCCCUGAUGGUGAACAGGUACCGCUUCAGGAGACAGAUGUGCCGAGUCUGCGCCACCUUCACAGCCAAAUGGGUGACCUAUGAUGACCAGUUGGCAGAGGAGAGCCCCUGCUUUUUCUGUGAUCUUUGCUUCAAAGCCCUGCACUACAGCAAGGACCAAACCAAACUGGCAGAGUUUGAAGCCUAUCCAUAUGUAGACAUGGGAAUAUUCAAUCUAGCCAUUGUUUAGUAAAAGCAGCUAUAUACACAAUAGUGUGAUGCUGUCACUGUUAAAGUUAAUAAAAGUUGUUUCAAUAUUACAGAAUACUUUUUUAUUCCCUGA